CUGAGACGACCCCCGCCCCUCCGCCCGACUGGUCCCCGAAACGGUGGUGGUGGCGGCGGUUUGUGGUCGUUGGUCCCAGGGAUUUAGGACCAACCUUUGAAGACCCAAAGGGGAACCCUCCUUUUCCUACUCUAUUCCUUGGGUCUGCAGAAUAAAGAAAAAAAUUGGUAGAAUACUUUGGAGUGUGAAUCCACAGCUGAAAGUAAAGAGGAAAGAGUGAGCCUGGAACCCUCAAUUGGUAUUACAGCCAUGAAUGAAGAAAAUAUAGAUGGAACAAAUGGAUGUGGUAAAGUUCGAACUGGCACUCAGAAUGAAGCAGCAUUACUUGCUUUGAUGGAAAAGACUGGUUACAACAUGGUUCAAGAAAAUGGGCAAAGGAAAUUUGGUGGUCCACCUCCAGGUUGGGAAGGUCCACCUCCACCAAGAGGCUGUGAAGUUUUUGUAGGAAAAAUACCUCGUGAUAUGUAUGAAGAUGAGUUAGUUCCUGUAUUUGAAAGAGCUGGAAAGAUAUAUGAAUUUCGACUUAUGAUGGAAUUUAGUGGUGAAAAUCGAGGUUAUGCUUUUGUGAUGUACACUACAAAAGAAGAAGCCCAGUUAGCCAUCAGAAUUCUUAAUAAUUAUGAGAUUAGACCAGGGAAGUUUAUUGGUGUGUGUGUGAGCUUGGAUAAUUGCAGAUUAUUUAUUGGAGCUAUUCCUAAGGAAAAGAAGAAAGAAGAAAUUUUGGAUGAAAUGAAGAAAGUUACUGAAGGAGUUGUAGAUGUCAUUGUCUAUCCAAGUGCAACUGAUAAGACCAAAAAUCGUGGUUUUGCAUUUGUUGAAUAUGAAUCUCACAGAGCUGCUGCUAUGGCUAGGAGAAAACUAAUUCCAGGAACAUUCCAACUAUGGGGCCACACCAUACAGGUAGAUUGGGCUGAUCCAGAGAAAGAAGUUGAUGAGGAAACCAUGCAGAGAGUUAAAGUUCUCUAUGUAAGAAAUUUAAUGAUAUCAACUACAGAGGAAACUAUUAAAGCAGAAUUCAAUAAAUUCAAGCCUGGUGCAGUUGAACGAGUAAAGAAACUUAGAGACUAUGCUUUUGUUCACUUUUUCAAUCGAGAAGAUGCAGUGGCUGCUAUGUCUGUUAUGAAUGGAAAAUGCAUUGAUGGAGCAAGUAUUGAGGUAACACUGGCAAAACCAGUAAAUAAAGAAAACACUUGGCGACAGCAUCUUAAUGGUCAGAUUAGCCCCAAUUCUGAAAACCUGAUUGUGUAUGCUAACAAAGAAGAGAGCCACCCAAAAACUCUAGGCAAGCCACCAACUCUUCCUGCUCGUCUUAAUGGUCAGCAUAGUCCAAGUCCCCCUGAAAUUGAGAGAUGCACUUACCCUUUUUUUCCUGGAACAAAGCUUACUCCAAUUAGUAUGUAUUCUUUAAAGUCCAAUCAUUUUAAUUCUGCAGUAAUGCAUUUGGAUUAUUACUGCAACAAGAAUAAUUGGGCACCACCAGAAUAUUAUUUAUAUUCAACAACCAGUCAGGAUGGGAAAGUACUCUUGGUAUAUAAAAUAGUUAUUCCUGCUAUUGCAAAUGGAUCCCAGAGUUACUUCAUGCCAGACAAACUCUGUACUACGUUAGAAGAUGCGAAGGAACUGGCAGCCCAAUUUACAUUACUUCAUUUGGACAGGGAACACAAUCUCUUCAGCCUGGACCUGUGUAGAAGAAUAUGGAGAAAAUAAACAGGUCCUUUCUGAUGUUGCUUGAGCUUAUUCUUCUGCAGUUGAUCUCAUUCCUGUUGGCUAAACAUUAAGUCCCCUGACAACAUUAAGUUAAUGCUCAUGUGUUUUAGGCCUCAUUUAUAGUACCACGAUAGUAUUAUAGAAAAGAAAAACUUUACAUUUUAGAUGACCUAAUUCCUUUUUUUCUAUUUCUAGAAACAUGAUAACUUUUAUAAAUAGUCAUUGUCACACUUUGGCUUAUCUACACUAAAGAACAUAGUUGAGUUUUUGGAAACUACAGGAUUUGAAAAUUUGGUCUUCAGUAUACACAUAUAAUUAUUACAAUUAAUGAAGCAGGAAAUUAUUGGUGCAUAAGAUGGAUAUUUAUUGUGUAACAAUAAUAUUUCAAAUAUAAUUGUUUUUUAAAUAAUUUGGGUUAAUUUUUGGAUAUUUUUCUAUACUAUAAGUUGAUAAUGGUUUCUUAAAAGUUUAUUUUAUCAACAUGAUUCAUUUUACUAUUUUGUGGUACCAGUAGGACUCUAAUGUUAAAUUGGUAUGUUGAGUUUAUAAAUGUUUAUAUUAGCAUUUAAAUAAUGAAAUAUUGGACAGUUAGUUUCUACCAAAUGUUUCUGAAAUCCAGAGGUAAAUGUUUCUACUGGUUUGAUGCUUAAUACAGUUUCAAAAAAAGCAACUAUGAAUUUUCUGUUUUUUUAUCUUUUCUUCAUGAACUGCCCCUUAGUGUCAGAACAGGAGAAGAGAAAUCAGAGGUUCUCUUUUUCUAUGUUAAAAAAAUUAUAUAAAUAAAGACAAGGAGUACAUUCUAGUAAGAUCUCUGAAAUGCACUGUGUCAGUGAAGGCAACAUUAAUACUGACUUGAUAAAACUAAGGACUUGAAUUGCAGUGAAUAUGGAAAUAAUCUUUACCACCAGUACAGUAUCAUCAGGAUUUUAAAAAUGUUAGAACAUUAUGUUAAAAUGUGAUUAUAAUUUUAAUGCUUUAUCUCUUUGAAUUAAAUUUGUGUCCAUAAAGAUGUGCAGCAUAAUUGUUCAUGUAUUUAUUUACAGACUACAAUUUCCGUCGCAGCUCAAUAAAUAGUCUUUCCCCUGUUAGUGCUACCCUCUCUUCUGGGACUCCCAGCGUGCUUCCUUAUACUUCAAGGCCUUAUUCUUAUCCAAGUUAUCCC